AUGAAUGCCAUCUCCGAAGAUGCUCUGGCAAAAUCGACUCAAAUCACUAGCUACACUGCAGUCCUUAAGUUUCCGCCAGAACUUGAGCUGAUAUGGUUAAAGCCAUGGUCAGUUGUGACGAUCCUAUAUGUCAUGGUGCGGUACUUGGGGAUGCUCGUUGUACUAUUACGGCUAGUUAACGGCGUUAUCAACGUCAAGAACGAUGCUGUAAGCUACAAUUUACUGGUUUCAUACACGUUCAUCAACCUCUUCCUCAUCGUUGCUGCGCAAGCAAUCAUGAUCAUCCGCGUCUAUGCACUCUACCGCAACUCCAAAGCGAUUCUCUACAUUCUCGUGAGCUGCUGUUUCGCCGAGAUGGGUCUCUUGAUAGGCUGUGCUAUCAAGGUUUACGCGCUACGUGGUGGAACUGGUCGGGUCACUCAGACGGCGAACCACCUCUGCGCGUACACAAGCAAUCGGGAUAGUUUUGCGCCAGAAAUUACAAUGGUAGCCGCCAUAGGGACCUUCCAAGCGAUCAUUCUCAUCGCGGCGGUGUAUUCGUUUGUUAACCACUUCUGGAAAUAUCGUCACAGUCGUCCAGAGCUGCAAUCGAGUGGUAUCGUAUCGUUCAUCACGGGGAACGUGUUGUAUUUCGCUUUACUCUUUGUUGGCAUUGGGUUGAGCUGUGCUACAUACGCAGUAUCUGAUGGAACUGCGGGACCAGCGUCCAUCGGCAUCUUCGACAUGACUGCAUACACGUUCCCUCUCUUUGGCUUCUGUAUCAUUGGGCCUUACCUUGUUCUUAGCGUCAGAGUCGCGCACUUUCGUGCCCAGAGGCGAGCACGGAAAUCAGGGUUCCAUCAGUCGCUUGGAAUGAACGCGAUACAAGUUCAAAUUGAACAGGAGUCGAGGACAACGAUAGAAUUCUGAAAGUAUCUCUUAUAACACAAUACGUACGCAGCGCUAAACGCAUUGGUUAG